UAUUUCUGGAUUAGACUUUAUUAUGCGCCUGUAUUUACAGUAAUUUCCGAUGUUCUUUCCCAACAGGACGUAACUGGACAACGUGCAGGGCCAUAUAAAUCCCCAUUAUCAUCUAUCCGUGUUUCCCCUCCAAAACAAUAUCGCAAUGACGUCGUCCGAAGUCAUUUUUAAUCUCACAAAGGAUUGGACUGAAAGCAUGGAGCACUGGCAUCUUCACUUCUUUAUCAUCCCCAGCGUUGUCAUCACUGUGUUCUCAUUUAUUGCAGACCCCGUUGUCCUGGUGUGCAUUAUUCUAUCACGUCCUUUACGUAGAGAGACCCGUUACCUGUUGAUGGCCAACACCCUGGCUGCAGACAUUCUCUUCCUCAGCCUCAACCUGGUCACUUUGAUUGGUAAUGCUGUGAAGGCUAAAAUACCCUGGCUCCUUUGUGAGCUUUUCACCGCCAUCCUUGUCACAGCCUACAGCAGUGCCAUCCUCACUGUGACUCUCAUGGUGGUUGACACCUUUGCCGCAGUGCGCUGGCCUCUCCGUUACCAUAACCUCCUCUCACCAACCCAGACCCACGGCAUACUGGGCAUGGUGUGGAUCUUGUGCGCCAUAUACCCUUUCACGUUGAUGAUGAUGAUGCAGGAUGAGAGUCCCCAUGGGAAAGUACCUGUGUGUCUGGCUCUCAUCUCCUUUGGUUUCUUUGAGGCCAAGGCUGUCGAGGGGAUCUACAUGUACUUCUUUGUUUCUGCACUGAUCUGCAGCUUUAUCAUUCUCUACUGCUACAUUCGCCUGUACAUGGUGACAAGGACGCAGGGAAUCUGGCACAGCCGCUUCUCUAGGGCUCGGGUCACAGUGCUGGUCCACGGAGUUCUUCUUCUGCUCUAUUUUGCCCCUGGCUUUGUUUUUGCCCUGGAGCUCUUCAUCUUUCCAAGGAAAAACAUAAGUCAAGAUCUUCGCGUCUGGAUCAGUACAGUCAAUGCUAAUAUCUUCAUGCUGCUGCCUAGGGCACUUGCUCCUUACCUGUAUGGUCUGAGGUACCGCGAGAUUGCUGAAAGUCUCACACUUCUGCUACACUGGAGCAGGAGAAACCGGGAAAACACCUCAUCAUGAAGAGCUGCCUACUAUGCAGACUAAUGACCAUGUGGUUUACGGCCUAGUUUUUGGGAACUUGUUGCCUAAAGGUCUGUUUUGAUAAGGUUUGUUCAACUAUAAUGUUGAACUAUUGUUUUUAAACAUAUCCCAAUUAAACUUUUAAUGCCUACAUGAUCAGAUUAA